AUGCUCGUGGUCUCAGCGCUACGUCAGCAGUGAUACAGAAACAUGGCGGUGUCCAUAGCGCAGCACCGGGCUGCCAGAGCUUGUGUGUUGAUAUUAACUUUUCUAACAACGUUAUUAUUUCACUGUACUGUCGCCGACACCGAGGUGGGUUCUUCUACGUCUGAAGAGGCUCCUCACCGGAGGUUUGAGUACAAAUACAGCUUCAAAGGACCGCACCUGUCUCAAAGCGACGGCAGUAUCCCCUUCUGGAUCCACUCUGGAAGUAAGUUUGAGUCCAGCUGUCAACAUCCCAGAGCCGCUGGCUGUCUGCUCUUCAGACUUUGAACACUCCUAACAACACGACAACGAGGACCAGUGAGCUACUUAUGUCUCAUAAAGUGUACAGUCACUGCACAGAUAGUCGUAAGUUAGACAGUGCUUUGUCCAUUCAGAACUUCCCUUGCGGAAACAUGAAUUUAAGCAGCGCUGAUUUAUCAGAAUUGUAUCGAAACGUGGCCAGUGUUGACUGAAAAACAGCACCUCAAAUGCUCUGACUAUAGCCGAUGUAUGCCAAAACAGGUAUCUAAAGUGUUAAAAUAUCCACAUGCAAAUUAAAGCCUCAAGUUUCUUUAAGCACACUCAGUCUCUUUACAGGCUAGAGAGUUUAAUAGGGAGUUGCAUACGAUCACACUGAAUCUAGAGCUUGAUUAUUAUUUGCUGAGCCAUAUCAUACCAGGAUAGUUGGGGUAUGACUUUUUGGUUUCUUGUUCUUCUUGUCAGUCAUGCACUUUAAAACUCAAGGGUGCAGAAACUGUUGUUGGUUUAAAUCUGUAUUAUGGCAGUAGUUGACAAUGAGUAAACACAGACUAAAUAGACAAAUCUUAGGAAAUCACUCUGAAUCACAGCUUGGGGCAGCCGCAAGUUAGGAAGUAGCCACACCCUGAUAAAACAGACCUAGAAUAACAAUACAACACAUUAGCUGGCAUUAACUUAGACCCAUAAGGGAAACUCUGUCUCUCUGGAGUACUUUUCUUCUUGCUUCUGCUUAUUUUAAUAAAGAACAUGUUACAGUACAGGUCUCUAAAAUCCUGCUCUUCAUCCUUCUCCUUCUUCUCUCACUCCAGAUGCUAUUCCCAGUGCAGACCAGGUGCGAAUCACGCCUUCCCUCAGGAGUCAGAGGGGUACCGUGUGGACCAAAAACAAAGUCAGCUUCGAACACUGGGAGGCUGAGGUGACAUUCAGGGUAUCAGGAAGAGGCAGAAUGGGAGCAGAUGGUUUGGUAAGGAGAUGUGAGACUGUAGCUACUGGUAGUAACACACUAACUACCCCACUAAACCAAGGGCUCUUUUUAAGAUAAUCAAAAAUCUAUCCGUAAAAGGUUGGCAUUGAUGCAUGUGUAGUUGUAGCUAAUCUUUGCUUUAAUAACACAUUAAAAUAUCUAACUACAUUUCUAAUUUCAGCCUGAUGUCCUAUUGAAUGCUGUUGGACUAAUAUUGAUAAAGUGUUUCCCAAACUGAGAGAACCUGGACCUUAACCUGGUUUCCAUGUUAAUGUUAGAGAGGAAAUAUUUGAUUUGUGGGAGCUGCAAACUUCUGUUCUCCUUACAUCACUAAAAUAAGAUAUACUGCAUGAUGAUGGGUGUAUGUUGCUUUUCUUCAGAAAUUCAAGACAGACUGAUUGAUAAGAAUUUCAUAAUACCAUAAUUCUCCUCCCUGAUAAUGAUUCAAAUCCCUGAAUUAUUGCUGAUACAAGGUUAUACACUGCAGUUAUAGUGUAUUGUACUGAUAAAUAAUAAAUAUAAAAGCACAGGGGUCUACUUAAAACUCCACUUAAGGUAGGCUACUCUGAAAAAAAUUAACAUUAUAUCAGAUAGUCUUCAUUUAAAUUGUUAAAGCCUCGAAAACACUCGAAACUUUCAGCCAACUCUUAUUUCACGGUUUGUGAACAGUCAACGAAAAUAUACAGAUGUUUGCCUUUUAAAUUGUACAGAUACACAUGCUGGUUUAGCAACAGGCCACUUCCCCUCAGGAGUCAGAAUAAUUAAUAGUUGCCUUUUCAAAUUUUAUAUUAAACAAAAUCAAUAUCACCCAAGAGAGAGUGUUGUUUUACUGAAAAACAGCUCUGCUGCAGGGAGUUUUGGCACUCCAAUCCUCUGUUAUUUUGCUGAAAUGUUCUAUUCCAUAUAUAUCUUGCAAGUGUAUAAAUGUUUGAUGUCUAAUAACAAAAAAAGCUUUAUACAACAUAUUUAGUAAAGGUGCUUGCUCAUUGUAAUUGUUGUUUAGCCCAGCUCAGCUAAAACCCUUCCUGAUACAUACAGACAGACAUACAUAAUCAUAAUUAUGCAAAAAUGCAGUCUGAUUACAUGCCUCAAUAUUGACAAUCUGUGUCCUCAAAUGUCUCUUUAACUGUUGCAUCAUGUUUACUUCAUGUUACAGGCUGUGUGGUUCACCUCUGAACAAGGACUUGAUGGCCCAGUGUACGGGGCUGCAGACAAGUGGAAUGGUGUUGGAGUCUUCUUCGACUCUUUCGACAACGAUGGAAAGGUUGGUGUCAGCUUCAGCCCUCACUGUCAAUAUCUGGUGGUUUUGAAAGAGUAUUGAUUUGAAGUCUUCGUAAACUGCUUUGUAAAGCUAUUCUUAGUUUCAAGUCUUUAUCAAAGAUCUACUGCUGCAUAAAAAGGAAAAAUCUGAUUGGUUUAAAUUGAAUAAUUAAGUCUUUUAGAUAGUGUUUUCAGAUAAAAUUCUAACUGUGAGCAGUCUGUGUGGCAUUUUAAAUAUUAGUUUUAGAUCAUUUUUAGUGUUAAAAAAAUCAAAAACUCAUGUACGUGUAGUUGUUUUUGUGUUCAUGUAACCUCUGACCCAUAUUUCUACUGUCAGUUUUGCAAAACAGAUUUUUAAAGGUCAGUUUUUGCCACAUUAGAAUAAUAUUUACUCAUGUUCAGGUAUGGGAUUCAUAUUUUCAAUAAGAUUACCUUGAAGUAAAGCCACCUCAGAUCUCCAGAUGAAAAAGGGGAUUAAUGUGUUUCCUUGUUUUCUCAUCCUCUCCUACUAGAAAAAUAACCCUGCUAUCAUUGUUGUGGGAAACAAUGGCAACCUUGUUUAUGACCACCAGAAGUAAGUAAACAUUUCUUCUGCUUUGCUCUGAUGUCGUCACCAGCUGAAUUUUUUAACUUAAAGCAGAUUAGAAAAUAUGAUUAUAUUUGCUUGGAAAGUAAAUAAUCCUCUAUCUUUCCUAAUCUCCCUCGGGCCAGUGAAAGCUUUAAAUCACUUUUUCAAUGCCAUUCCAGUUCGUCUCAGAGUUCACAGUGUUUACUGCACCAUUAAAAAAAAGUGUUUAUAAAAACACAAGCAUGAGCAGUCAUGUUAUUCACUUAUUUAAUCAAGUUCAAUCACCCUGUAAUAUCUUCUGUAUCUACACGUAUGUAGUUAAUCAAUAUGCUUUGUUUUGAUCCAGUGACGGCACCACACAAGCCCUCGGGACGUGUUUACGAGACUUUAGGAACAAACCCUAUCCUAUCAGAGCUAAAAUCACCUACUACAAGAGGACUCUGACGGUAAGAGAAACCCGAAACCCUCUCAUGCUGGGCAUCAAUUAUCAAGAGGCUGCUUAUGAGUCUGCUGAUGUGUUUUUGAAGGCAGCUGUCAUGUUCUGUAAUGCAGUGUGGUUUUAACAGGAUAAUUUGUCUGAUUGCUCGGUUGUAUUGUGUCUGUAUUUCCCUCCUCAGGUGAUGAUCAAUAAUGGUUUCACCCCCGACAAAGAGGACUAUGAGUUCUGCACAAAAGUCGACAACAUGGUCAUCCCUAGCGAGGGCUUCUUUGGCAUAUCAGCCGCUACUGGUGGUCUGGCAGGUAUUCAAUGAGUUCUCCACAUAAAUAUAAUGCAACUAAAAUAAAAUUACAAGUUCAAAGUAGGGGUUACUUUGUUGUUCUCUGUUGCUGUUUUAGUAAGUUGUUUCUUUUUGAGUUUAAGUAACUAGACUAGUUCUCUGGACAGAACUGAAACUGACAAGAAUAAAGGCAGAAGGAAACUGAUUCGUAAAUACUCUCCUACAAAGUUGACUAAUGUGCUCAACUCAACUCAACUUUAUUUGUAAAGCACUUUAAAGAAUCAAAAAAACAAUUAAAACAAUGGAUAAAAUAAAAGCAAAUAUUAAAAAGUAAAAUAUAGUUUCAAUGUUUUUAAAAACUGAUUUAAAAACAUUGAAACAAAUAACUAAAAACAAACCAGAAAACACUAAAACAGGAGCCGUGUCUCAUGCAGGGUUGAAAGCCAAUGAAUACUAUACUAUACUAUACUAUACUAUAUCUAUAGUAACUAUAGCUGAGAUUUCCUUUGUCAAACAGGGUAUAUUUGGGUAAACUGGGUUAACCAGUGUUAACCCAUUUUUUUUAACCAUUUUUUCACUCUCAGCUCUGACUCUGUUUUUAUAAGUGUUUAUACCUGUUUUAGUUCUAAUUCAGUUUUUCUCUCCUUCAUCAGAUGACCAUGAUGUUUUGUCCUUCUUGUCAUUCAGACUCUCAGAACCAGGCCAGCAACCGGUAACUAUAUUUUUAUUAGACCUCCUAAUAUAUUUCCCAUCAUGUGUGUCCCAUUCACCUCUCCUUAGCCGUGUGUGUGUGUGUGUGUGUCUGUGUGUCCGUGCAUGCAUGUGCACUCUGUAGCCAAAGCACUGCCUCUAUUGAGCUCACAGAGGGUUUUUUUGUCUUUCCCAUUGAAGCCCCCACCUGAAUCUGAGAUUCCUAAAGAAGAGAAGGACAAGUACCAGGAGGAAUUUCAGAACUUCCAGCAAGAGCUCGACAAAAAGAAAGAGGAGUUUCAGAAGGAGCACCCAGACGUCCAAGGAGAGCCAAGUUAGUUUUCUGAAACCCGAGGGCUCAAUAAAUCAUGAAACACUUUAUACAUUGAAGAAAAUUCCUGAUUAGAGAGAUCUUUUUACUUUUAAUUCCUUAUUAUCUGCUGGUGUUGUCUGAACAAACCCAGUUGUUUAGAAACUAACCUCAUAAUAAGAUAUAUGAACAUGCAAAAAAGUGACAUUUACUGUUUUAAAUAAGACGCUUCUUACUUUUUUCUUCGCACUUUCAUCAGUUGAAGACCUGUAUGAGACCGUGAAUGACAGAGAGAUCCGUCAGGUCUUUGAAGGCCAGAACCAGAUCCACCUGGAGAUCAAACAGCUGCACCGACAGCUUGCUAUGAUCCUGGACGAGCAGAGACGGUAUGUUUCUGUCAUCACUGAUGAGAUCUCCAAGAAGGGGACCAACGUUGAGUCAGGGCAGGUGAGUGUCACUAUUGCUGCAGUCCUUCAAAUGUACACAGAGGCACAAGUCAUACCAAACUAGAGGAACUGUUGUGAAAAUCUGGGGGGAAAUAACACUGUAUUUGAAGAUAAAUGAACAUAUUUGAUAUCUCUGACACUGACCUGUGAGUCAGAUUAUCAAAUAUAUUGCUUUAUCCUCCUAAUUUUCUUUCCUUUGUUAGUUUUUUAUUAAGAACCUGUUAAAAGAUACAGUGUCCAAGCUGCAGACCAACAAUAAAAUCAUAAAAGUCCUUUAUAAUAGCUUAACUAAUACCUUUAUUUUUCUAUCGUAUAAAUCAUAGCUGGAGUUUACUACAUUUUUAUGGCAGGUUAUGAAAACUCUCAAGCUAUUUUUACGACUUCUUUAUCAAGUGCCAACCCUGCAGUGUCUAACCUUCAGACUGUGUGUUGUGUAUUCUGUCCUCAGCUCGACUCAGCCAGCCAACAACAGCUAGGCUCUGUCGUUGCCUCCCAGCAGGAGAUCCUGAAAAACCUGAAUGAUCUGAGGUAAGCAAAAACAGUGCCAGUGUUGUUUUCAUUCUUAAGAACUAGCUGUUUUUUUUUUUCCAGCAAACAUGAAGAGAUGCCCCGAUACUCCGGGAAAAACAAGGAAAUCCUGGCGCUUAAAUCCCCCAAAUCAUAUUUAAUCUCAGGAUGCAGAGGCCGCAACGUCACAGGUGUCUGAAGGGCAGAUAAUCUGCAGUGACAGCAACCUCCAGUGUCACAUGCGCACACCGAACAAAUGCUCAUGCCCCGGCACUAAAUGGGAUAAUCAUCACAAUGGCUUUAUAAUAGCUCUAAACCAUUUUACUCAUUUGUAGUCUGUGCUGUGAUAAUGUAAAGAGAUUAAUUACUCUGUGGGAGUUCAGCAGUUGCAUAAUUCAAACCUUGCAUAAUUUCCUGAGGCAAAGCAAGAAAUUGGAUUUUAUGAAGGGCCUGUGUCCACAAAAGCCUUUUUUUGUUUGUAUCAGCAAGGGCCUGUUGUCUAUACAAAAUUUAGACCAAGAUUUUCAGCCCUCAGCGUAUUUGAAUUUGGAAGUAGGCUCAGUUGAAAAUGGUUCAACUCCUCCUCAAUGUUACUUUUCCAUCAACAACCAAUAAAAAUCCAGAAGAAGAUUUUGAGAAUGAAUAGAGCUGCUUCUAACGCUCCGGCACAGUUCCUAUCAUUUUCUCCUUCAAUAUCAGCAAACAGAGCAUUUUAAAAGAGACUGAACAGUCACUGCUGACGGCAGCGGAAAUUCUCUGACACAACUGUCAAAAGUAGGUGAAGGGAAGUGCUUUAAAAUACUGUUGGUGCACAAAAUGUCAUCAAUGGACACAGGCCCUAAUACAACGCCUUUCACAUGCAGCAGUCCCAAAAUAGGCUGUGUCAUAUUAACAUAAAAUGAAAAUAUAAGAGGUAAUUUAUUAAAGAUAAAAAGCUAGAUAAAUCAUAUAUACCUACAAAAAUACAAAGUAAAACAAAGAAAUAUCAAACAUCAGAUUAGCUCUCCAAAAUUAAGUUAUUAAUGUUAACAAAUAAGACACUUCUUUCUUUUUCCUGAGUUUUUGUUAAGUAGGGUGACCAUAUUCUGAAACCCCAAAAAGAGGAUACUACUAGAGUAUUUUCAGGUAGGGUUGAGUGUUUUUUACGCACAUCUAACUCAGUUGGUCCACGCUACACAAACUCAAAACUUCUAUACAAAACCCCGGACAUUUGGAGGAUUUUAUAAACUCCCCUUGAACAAGGCCAGACAGCCCCCCCAAAAAAGAGGACAUGUCCGGGUAAAAGAGGAUGUGUGGUCACCCUAUGUUAAGUAUGUUUGCAACAACAGAACAAUGAGGACAUCUCCAUAAAAUAACUCUUUUUUCCUUUUUCCAGCUGUCUUUGUCAAUAUCUACAAACAAUAUUGAAAUAAAUUGAUAAAACAAAACAACAGAAAAUAAGGAAAUAUAGAUCGUCUCCAGUUUUACUGACAAUCGUACAUUUAAAAAAAAGGCAUCAAUAGCAAUAUCAGUCCUCACAAGCCCUUUAAGUGCGUUUUCAACAGAUUAAUAAGUGAUACUACAUAACCAUAUUUUCAACUCCCCGGUCAUCAUAUAGAACUGACUUAAUGGUGGGCCCAAUAGAAGAGUCCUGACAACAGCUCUACUAUAACACUGAAAAGCUCAAUGUAAAGGAGGUUGUAGCAGCUGCUGUGCUGCUGUUAAUGCCUCUGGGUAACUUCAGGGCUUUUCCUGCUUUCAAAUUCAAGCGAAAACGUAAGCAAAGAUCUAAAAUGUGUGUACAUGUGGAAAAACACGGUUUAGUCGUGAGCUUCAAUACGUAUUAAGACAUGAUAGGUAUGGGUCACUUAUAAAAAUGGCCUCCUCUCCAGAUGAGGGCCUGCACGUGUUUUUACAGGAAGAUAAUACAGCUUAAGAGAUUUUAUGGUGCUGUGCUUCUUUGGCGAACAUUCGAAUGACUGUUAGAUUUUUGUUCUUACAGUAAGUAAGCCUGAUUAGGCGAUCCCAAUGUAAUUUUGUCAUGUUUACAGCUUGUCAAUAACAUAUUUUGGCUUUUGUAAUACUCGUCUAAGGUGCUUUUGAGCUUAGUCACCGAGGGCACGCGACUGAUUUAAAUUGAAAAAAAAAAAAGUAUUUCAUUAAAACCUGGCUUUCUUUGGAUUUGUGGGGAGGAUCAAUAAAUAUAUAUUUUUAAAUAAUUAUGUUGAAAAUUAGCCAACCAGUCUGUCUACUUUAAGCUUUUAGUUAGAACUGUAAAUUAUGUAUUCGGUCCAUAAACUUAAAAAAGGAAAUUGGUUUUCUUCUCAUAUACAUCCUGCCUCUGCAGUUUGAUUGCUGUCUUAAUUUUAAGGCGUUAGGAAUUAAUCAAAAUCACAAGAUAUUAAAGAUUUUAUUUGAUGUAACAUUAAUCCCUCAGUCUUAGUAGUGUAUCAUAAAGAACCAAGCUGUUUAAGUGCCCCAAAUCCAGCAGGACAUUCAUCCUCAAAUGACUUUGCAUAUAUGAUUUUUGUUGACCCAGAAUAUUAGUCAUAGUCCGUCUGUAUAGAUGGCAGGGAAAGACUGACACGUCUGUUUUAAGAAAUCAGAUUGCUGAAGUGAAACAGAAAAGGUACACAGUCGUAAUCUGAUUGUCAGUAAAUAAGUUCAGACCCUGUGAAAAGGCUGCAGCUGCUGCCUCUAAUGUGCUAAUGUGAGCGUCUGAUCUGUAUUAGUGUGUAGAUUAAGCUCUCAGUUUAUCCUGACCCGUAUUUUCAAACAUACAGUUUAUGAUAGGACCUCAUCUCACACCCUUCAAAUAUCCAAGGAAGCAGCUCUGCUCAGAAAAUGGGUCACUUGUAGCAGAUGAAGAUUAGUCGUAGGGUUUAAUAAAUGCUCACUUAACUUCUCAAGAGACUUUUUUUUUCUCUCUGUGAACAAAUUAGAUUUUGUUUGUAUGUCAUCCCCUGUCUGUCUUUUCAGACCGCAGCCAUGUGGCCGAGCAAGAAAAGGCCACAUCUUAGUACCGUUUUGUCCUUAUCAGAUUAGGAGUCUUUAAAUACAUCUGUCAUACACAAGCAAAACAUGCUUUUCCUCCCAAUUGAUUUCUCGUCACAAUCCUCCCUCAGGGCCUUCCUACUUACUCAACCGGAAUUCCUUUCAUUUGUCCGGUCACUUUUUUCUGUGUAAUCGUCUUAGAUGUGUUUAAGAUGAUAAGGGAAACUUAUUGCUUUCUCCCUGUAAGUAAUCAACUUUAAGAAAUUUCAUUUUGUGGAGAAAUAUGAUCCCGGCUUAGACGUCUUUAUUCUCUUCUGAGAAUACUUUAAACUAUAUUAUACUUCAUUUACUGAUGAAAUUGAAAAGGAAGACACAUUUUUAGAGAUUUACAGUUUUUAUCCCUGGAGAGACGUGAGAAAUAGUUUGGGAUUUUGCACUCCUUGUCUUUUCCCGGGUAGGAUGGAUUAAGAUUUUGAUAGUCUGACAUUUAUGGUCAGUUGGGGUGCACAGUAUCUGAAAUGACUGCUCAUGGCAGAUUUUGCUUGUGUCUUUUGUAUCCAUCAGCUACACUUUUUGUUCUCCUUAACCUCAACCAGACAUGGGGAAUGUUUUAUGACUUCAUUUUGAGUCUGUGAGCAUUAGAAAGACAGAGACUCGAUGCAGUCACUGUGUGUAGUAGAAAAAAAACCCAACCCCCCAUUAUUACUAUUAAUAGUCAUGUCAACACAGGUUUUAGUAACAAUAGGUACAGAGGUAAAACUUAUUUAAGGUCAUUUAGUAUUUCUGUAAGAGUAAAACACAUAAACACAAGAGUACAUGAGGUGAAAAUAAGCAGACUGUCCUGAAAAUCCCUGUUAAAACCACAGUGAAAACCAUCAUCAGCCAUAAGGAGUGAUAAUGCUCUCUUUUAAUUGGCUUCUGUGAUAUUUUAGGUUUGAUAUUGUGGGCGUUUCUACUUUUCCUUCACCGAAACAGCUGAAGAGAUGCUAGAAAUGCAGAAGGUAGAGAGCAGAGGGUGACGUGCAGCUCAGGGUUGAACCAGCAACCAACGAAACCAACUACAAACUGCGACAAAUAUUCUCAAGAUUGCUCUGGUGGCACAAUUCAGCUUUAGAUUUGACUGCAUCUGUGUUAGUUUCUUUAAUAGCAGGUGUUUUUCUUUUCCAUUCUGCAGUCAGAUAAAUUAAACCAAAAUGAGUGUGCCUACUGUAAAUUUCUGUUUUCUGCCCUUAACCUUAAAACCAGACCCCUGAACCCAUAAUUCCAGAGCGUUCCUCUGUGAUCUGUUUCUGAACCUCCUGUACUUGUAAUCUGUCGUAAGAACAUGUUUUUAUAAGGGAUUAAUUUAGCAAUCAUGACCUCUUUUAUCAGAUGGUAAUUUUCUGUUUUUCAAACUUUGAGAAUAUGUAGCCUCAGGAGAAUAAGGAUUAAGAGAUUAAUUUUGGACAAUUUGAAUUACUGUUAAUAAAAGAUACUAACCGGCAUAUUUAGUGGACAUUAUGUUUCCCAACAUGAAUCUACUACAAAGCACAUACCAGAUAGAGAGGAGUCAAAAUUCUGCCUGUGCUGCCUGGAUUUUUAUUUCAUAUCUAAAGGUUGUCAGAUUAAAUCUGGUUGGAAAAUAAGUCAAGGUCUUGAUGCGCUCUUGUAUGAUGAUCCUGCACCAAUAGACGGUCUGCAAACAGUAAAUUAAAGUGCCACGUCUUCUCUUUGUCUCUGCAGGAAUUCCUUUUAUGAGUCACUGAAACAGAUCGGAUCUGCCCAACAACAGGGAAACGCGGUCGGUAUGGGAACGUACGAAACCAUCCAGCACUUCAAUGACAUCAAAGAACAUCUGCACACGGUCAAAAGAGACGUGGAGCACCUGGUCCAGAGAAAUGCUCAGGUAUGAACCAGGAUCUGGUGCAGUUUAUACUGACAGUGAUUCAGGGGAUUCAGCUGAUCGGACUCUUGUUCUCGCCACAGAAUCCCGCUGAGAAGACCAUAAAGUGUCCUGAGCUCCCUCCAAUGCCGGCUUGUUUAUCCACGGUUCAUUUUGCAAUCUUCAUUGUCAUCCAGUCGGUUCUGUUCUUCUGCUACGUCAUGUACAAGUAAGACGUCUCUCUAUCUGUAAAGUAAAUACUUGUGGGCUAAAACAGCUGUCUAACGCUCUCAUUGUCUCUUGCAGGAGUCAACAGGAAGCAGCAGCAAAGAAGUUCUUUUGAUAAACUCAAUUUCUGAUUUGGUGUGUGUAAAUGAGGGAGUGUUUAUUUUGAUAAUUUCAUUCGGAUGAUAAGUUAUUGUACUUGAAAAACGGCUUUUGUUGGAGAUUUUUUUAAUUUUAUGCAGAGUUUUAAUUUGAUCAGAAAAUCAUUGUGUGAAUGCUCGUGUGAGACUCAAUGCUCUGGAUUUCCAUCAUGAUGUAAAAUGUUCCUUGCAGUAUUUUCUUUUUUGUUGGUCAGAUCUUUAGUUUUUGUUUUCAAAAGUUGAAAUCGGCCACGAUUUUAUGUCAUGAAACGAAACCAACGACAAACUGAAACCUGUGUUUUGAAAUGUGCAAUUUUGUAUGAAAUGAUGCUGUACUAUUGAUAAAAACUCAGAGCAGACGACUGCUGCAGUGCUUCUGUUUUUGAUUCAGUCAAACGUGUCAAGAUCUGACACAUCCACAACCUGAACAAUUUACAUAAAGAAAGAAACCAAAGUCC